CUGCAAAGAAAUACUGCAUCUAUUAGGCGCUUUUCUUGGAGGGUCUCCAUGACAACAAUUUGCGAGGGCAAAGAAUGCGAUACCGGGGAGCUCAAUGCCUGAUUGGGGUGUAUUGUGUGGAGAAAGAGGUCGCUGAUUGGCCUGAAGAAAGCACCAUAACUACACGCAGUUUAUAUUCAUUCAGCUUGUUGAAGUGCUGAAACUAUUUUUUGGAAGAGCAGCAGUACUUGGAUACCUUCUAUCCAAGAGACGGUUAUGGAGUGAAUACAGCAUGAGGUGCUGACGGUAUGGCUUGACCGAGUUUUUCAAACUCGGGAUGACAGAAUGGCAAGCGCAGAUAGCGAAGUGAAAACUUUAUUAAACUUUGUAAACUUGGCAUCCAGCGAUAUCAAGGCUGCCUUGGACAAGUCAGCACCGUGUAGGCGCUCGGUGGACCACAGGAAGUAUCUGCAGAAACAACUUAAGCGGUUUUCACAGAAGUACUCAAGAAUGCCGCGAUGUCACGCAUACAGAGCGACGGAAUCGGGUAACGGAAAAGCAGUGGAGGACAAGUCUGGUGUGUACGCUUUUGAGACAGCGAACCGGAACCUCCACCGGUCCGGAAUAAGCGAAAAAUCAGGGUCGAAUGUGCACGCCGAGGACAGGGUCAAGCUCAGUCCGAAUCCCAAACUGGAAAGUGAUUACAACAGACAAGACCAGGUGCCCAUGAGAAAGCGACAGCUGCCUGCAUCUUUCUGGGAAGAACCCAGGUCUUCCAAAAGUAAACGGGAGUCUUUCCAGGUAACUUGGAGAAAGAGCCAAUCGUGUGUUUCCGCCGGUGGGCCUUCGGAAUCAGAGGAUGACAAAAUAAAGACAUUUUCUGAGGAUCCCAGAGCCAGUUCGAUUGUUUCUACCCAGCAUAUCGCUGCGGAAAAGGAACCCCUUAUCCUGGACAUGACUUCCGGAAGCAUGAAUUUAUGCGGGUGCUGUCCUUUUCAGUACCAUGGACACCACGUCUUCCAAAGCCAUGUUGUCCUUCCUCACUCGGGCUUCGCAGAACCUGGACUGUGGGGAAAGGCCACUGUAACCCAAGCUGAAGCACAGGGCAUCCACAAUAUACAAAAAAGUCACACGCACGUUGUGGUGAAGCCCAUCCCAACAAAACCAACUAUUCCAUCUCCAAUUUUUAGCGUGUUUGGAUUUAUUUAAAGAUCGAAUUUACGUCUGGAAAAAGCAAUAAGUGGGCCAUGUUGUAAAUAUGUUGGUUUUUCUUUGACAUUCGUUUUCAGAAACUCGGAGAGCAGUUUAUUUAUUGUGUUUUGUCCCCUCAUAGUUGACUAGCCCUGCGUUUACCAUCGUGAAGUUCCAUUUAAAACUGAAAGUUACAUUUUCAAAAGCACUUAGGUCAAGGAUCAAACAGUUUUGCUUUGAAUAUUACGAUUUUAGAAUGUGAACUUAAUGUGGUACUUGCCUUUUUGUCACUGCUGAGACCACUUUAUAAAGUAACUUAAGCUUACUUCAUGUAGGAAACUAACUUUACAACUACUAGCAUAUCUGAAAGUAGAAUAAAUCAGUACCUUAAAAUGAACACAAUCUCGUUGCAUCCUCUUGCUGUAUUUUAGUAUGAGAUUUUAAAAAAUGUAAUGCCAAAACAAACACAUUUUUAACGACUAUUCAGAAAAAUGUAAAAAUAACCUAGAAAGCUCAGAGGUGGUAGAUGUAUUUUUCUAGCAUUAUUCUAUUUGUUGAGUUUGUUUGUGUGCACGCAUGUGUGUUGGGGGGAGGUGGGGGAGGUAGUGUCUCAGUCUAUGGAAUAUGCCGAUCAAAUGCAGUACAUGACUGAAUAAAUUGUGGAAACAUUUAUUGCUGAAA